AUGGAUUGGAUCACCGUCCUCAACGGCCUCGGCCUCCCUGAGUUGGUCAAGAAGGUCGUCGAAAUUCUGCUCACCAUGGCCUACUCCGACGUCUCCCGCCUCCAGGGCCUCGAGGAUGAGAUCGACAAGCUUCGGUGGACCCACAAGCAGAUCCGAUACUUCGUCAUUGAUGCCGAGGAGCGCCGUGACAUCGAGGACGAAUCCGUGCUCCGCGAGUUGAAGACUGUCGGCUUCGACGCCGACGACCUUCUCGACAGCUUUCAGACCCUUAUCGACGUCUUCAAGCACACCAAAGAAGCUCCUUCCCGUAAACGGAAGCGAUCCUGGUACUGCAUCCCAAUCCCAUCUCUCAGCAUCAACACCGGCCUCGUCUGGCCAUACAUCAUCUCGACGGAGACUGCCAAGAUCCAGAGUAGACUCGACAAGAUCAACGAGAACCAGAGGAAUCUUCGAUUGAUGCCCUCCUAUGGGAGGCAGCAAAACGAGGGCUCGAAGAGGGCGGUCUUUUUUCCGGCCGUUGCAUCUUUGCCUGUAUCGAGGAUUAUCGGGAGAGACAAGGAGUUCGACUUUAUUUUGGCCGCAAUGAAAGCCGAUUCGGACUUGCCUCUUCGUGUGAUUGCCAUCUACGGCUUCGCUGGAAUCGGUAAGACUGCACUCGCCCAAUGGGUCUUCGAUCAUUUCUCUGAGAAUGAUCGGGAGGAGGUUUCCCCAAACCCAAGUAGAUCUCUCAGCAGUGCCAAGCGGCACUUUGAAAUGACGAUAUGGGUCUCCUUGCUAAAAGGGCGUGACACCGCAAUGGCUACUAAACACGUCAUCGAGGGGAUAAUCGGGAAAAUUUGCAAGCUCCCAAACCUAAACCAUCUGCAAGAUCGUCUCAAGAAAUUUGUGAAGGGCAAGAAAUUCUUACUAGUGUUGGACGACGUUCGGGUGGAAGACUUCAAAUUCUGGGACAAUCUGCAACGUCCUCUGCUAGAGGGAGCAAAAGGAAGCAGUGUUUUGAUUACGACUCAAAACGGAGAAGUAUCAAGGCAUAUGGCCAAUAUGCCUUUGUUGCAUUUAAAGGGUCUCGAGAGGGAUGAUUGCCAGAAAUUGUUUAAUGCUUUGGCAUUUCGCGAAGCUAAGGAGAACGUCGAUCAAUUAAAAGACAUUGGUGAACAAAUAGUGAGAAGGUGCCAGGGUUCGCCUCUUGCCGCAAUCUCACUCGGCAAAAUCUUGGGCUCCGAAACUACCGUGGACAAUUGGGAGAUCGCCCUCAAUGAAAUGCUAGCUCUAGAAGUCUCGCCAAAUUCUGGCAUUGGUCCACUCUUGUCGAGUUUCAUGGCAAGUUACCAUCAAAUGAACUACCAACUGAAGCAGUGCUUUACUUAUUGCUCUAUUUUUCCAGAUAAUUUUGAGUUUGACAAAGAUCAGUUGAUCAGGAUGUGGAUAGCAGAAGGUUUGAUAGAGCAAAAUGGAAGGCAACCACCGGAGACCAUUGGUAGCGAGCUCUUUAAGUACCUUAUGUGGAUGUCAUUCUUCGAACGUUCCAUCAAAUGUUCGGAUGGAACUAUAUGCAAGUACACAAUGCCCAAUCUGAUUCAUGAUCUUGCACGCCUAUUGUCGAAGCAUGAAUUAAUGGUUAUGAAAGACAAUGGGUUGAAUUUUUCAUCUGGACAAUUUCGUUAUGCAUUACUUCAUCAAAAACAUGCCCCAAUAGUGUUUGAGAAAAUAUACCAUCAGGUGCACUUGAGGGCGCUGAAAUUAUGCAAUGAAUCUAAGAUAGAUGUGGUCGGGAUUCCAAAAGAUCUGUUUGACAAAUUAAAAUACCUACGGGUUUUGGAUCUGACCAACAGUGGCAUAGAAAAAUUGCCAGAUUCAGUUGGCAAGCUAGUUCACCUGAGAUAUCUUAGCCUUUCUGAAACCAACAUCAAAAAGCUGCCAGAGUCAGUGGAAGACCUGUACAAUUUGCAGACUUUGGAGCUCAAUUUUUGCUCCAACCUUUCCUCGUUACCCGAAGGGACAAGUAAGUUAGUCAACCUAAGGCAUCUGGGUUUGCAUCUUGACUGGGAACAGAUUAAUGAUUUGAGGCGCAUGCCUACUGGAAUUGAUCGCUUGACUUCUCUGAUGACAUUGUCAAGAUUCACCGUGACCAAUGUGGAUGGGGUUGGCUGCAACCUAAAGGAGUUAAAGAACUUAGAUCUUCGAGGAGAGCUCUGCAUCUGCAAGCUUGAAAACGUUACCAAUGCAAGUGACGCCAGUGAAGCUAAUUUGGGAGAGAAGUGGAUUGACAAGCUGAUGCUGCGAUGGAGCGGUGCCACCUAUAACGUGCAACCAGGUGCGAAUAUCUCUAAUGUGCAACAAGAUGUGAAUAUCUGCAAGGAAGUUGCCGAGAGAUUACAGCCCUACAAGUAUCUCAAAUGCGUGUGGAUCUUGAAUUAUCCCGGAAGCAAAUUUCCAAAUUGGCUGGAGAACAGUGACUUCCCAAGUCUAGAAACGGUGACACUAUCUUGCUCAGGAGAGUGUGAAUCCUUGUCGUCGCUUGGGCAGCUACCUAAGCUCAAGCACUUGCAUAUAGAAGGGAUGAAGAGACUAAGAAACUUGAAGAACAUGAUGAAGGGGUUUCUAUCUCUGGAGACUCUUACGAUCAAAGACAUGCCUGAUUUGAACAUGCUGUGCAAAUUCAAAGGUAAUUUUCCUAAGCUCUUGAACAUUGUCGUGUCUCAGUGCCCCAAUUUACCAUGUCGUCGGCCGAAGGAUCUUCCCAGAAGGAUUAAGUACUUAAUAAUUAUUCCACAAUCCACAGACAAUGUCAAUGGAAAUGAUGUGAGCUCUUGA